AUGACGGAGAAGAAAGAACAGAAAGUCGGCAGAUGGUAUUUCGGUGGAGUUGCUUCAGCUGGAGCAGCAUGCUGUACUCAUCCAUUGGAUACAUUGAAGGUGCAUCUACAAACACAACAAGGAAAGAUUGGUGCCACUGACAUGUGUGUCAAAAUAGUUAAAUCCGAUGGAUUUUUUGCAUUUUAUAAUGGGUUAUCUGCCUCUCUUCUCCGUCAAUUAACUUAUUCGACAACUCGUUUUGGAAUGUAUGAAACUUUGAAAAAACAAUUCCCCUCUGAUACUAACUUGCCUUUUUAUCAAAAAGCUCUAUUGGCUGGAAUUUCGGGUUUCUGUGGUGGUUUAGUCGGUACACCAGGUGAUCUUGUUAAUGUUCGGAUGCAAAACGACAUAAAACUGCCCAAGGAGCAAAGAAGAAAUUACAAACAUGCUAUUCAUGGCGUUGCUCAAAUCGUUCGUCAUGAAGGAGCAGGAAAACUGUUUAACGGAGCAACCAUGGCCAGCAGUCGUGCUGUUCUUAUGACUAUCGGACAACUUUCAUUCUACGAUGAAAUCAAACAGAGGCUCAUUGAGAGUGGAUUAGCCAAGGAUAAUCUGGGUACACACUUCUUCAGCAGUUUUUGUGCUGCCAGUAUAGCGACUAUGAUGACUCAGCCACUUGAUGUUAUGAAAACAAGAAUGAUGAAUGCGAAACCUGGAGAGUUCAAAGGAAUAGCUGACUGCUUUGUGAUAACUGCGAAAUCUGGUCCAUCAUCUUUCUUCAAAGGUUUUAUUCCAGCAUGGAUACGAUUAGCUCCACACACUGUUCUUACAUUCAUAUUUUUCGAACAAUUGCGCAUGCAGUUCGGUUAUGUAAAAAACUAG